AUGAAUGGACGCAAAGGAACACUGAGUGGUACACUUAGUGACCAGGCGUCGAACGAAAGCGGUGGUGGUGGCGGUGCCGCAGGCUCUGAUGCCAGUAACGCUGCAGAGCCGUCAGGUGAUCAGCUUGCCAUGGAAUCCUCAGAAAGAGACACUCCGAGCCACGCAUACAACGGCCCACCUCCCCCAGCACCACCACCACACAACAGAAGGCAAACCCCACCGCAUCAUCAGGCACAUCAUCCUUUAAGUAUGCCGAGAAUUACCAAUCACCACCAGAUACACUCAAAACCAUUCGCCAUAGGAUCAUCAGUGAACCAUCACAAGAACGAGGUUGGACCUGGUUUCCGAGGUCCCCCACCACCACCUGCACCUCCUGCCGACUCACAGACAGCCGCAAGUGAUAAAGUUUUUAGCGGAGCAGGAGAUGUCUGGCCUGCACCAGCUCCAGACAUGCCGAAAAUUGUGUCUUUAGACGUAAAAUGUGAAAAGAAUGCCAUGAGAGUUUUUCUCAGUUUCGAUAAGCCAUUCUUUGGUAUUGUAUUCUCUAAAGGCCAUUACUCUAAUCACCAAUGUGUUCAUCUUCCACCUAAUCUCGGCAGAUCAUCUGCGUCUUUUGAAAUUGGCGCUCAUGCAUGUGGCACCGCUGGUAGUGGGGACCCUAGAUACAGAGGAGACGUUGCAGCCGCAGGGACUUACUUCGAAAACGUUAUUGUCAUUCAAUAUGAUCCACAAGUGCAAGAGGUAUGGGAUCAAGCUCGUAAACUACGGUGCACAUGGCAUGACCAGUACGAAAAGGCAGUUACGUUCCGACCAUUCCCAGUAGAUAUGUUAGAUGUUGUACGAGCUGACUUUGCUGGAGACAACGUUGGCUGCUGGAUGCAAAUUCAAGUCGGUAAAGGACCUUGGGCUUCGGAAGUAUCAGGUUUAGUGAAGAUUGGACAAACCAUGACUAUGGUUCUUGCAAUUAAGGACGAUGAUGCGAAAUUCGAUAUGUUAGUCCGAGAUUGUGUGGCUCAUGACGGUCAACGCGCUCCUAUACAAUUAGUCGAUAGGCGAGGCUGUGUAACAAGACCGAAAUUGAUGUCUCGAUUCACAAAGAUCAAGAACUUUGGAGCUAGUGCCAGUGUUCUUUCUUACGCACACUUCCAAGCCUUCAAAUUCCCUGAUUCAAUGGAAGUUCAUUUCCAAUGUACCAUUCAGAUUUGUAGAUAUAGGUGCCCUGAACAAUGUUCGGAUGGAACUCCUGCGAUUGCACCACAUGCUGAAUAUGGACCACCUCAAAUAGAUUCGUACCCUGUCGGGAUUGAAGCUAGGCGUGAUGAAAGGAGAGUGAGGAGACAAAGGAGAGCUACUUCUCCCGAAAAAGAGGUUGGUGUUAACAGGGUCAUUCGGGUUGUGUCUGCUGGAGACUUAAAUUUAGAUACCUCACAAGAAACUGCGGCACCUAAAGUGACACCUACUCCGGGCCUUGUUUGUAUGACUACACCCGGGUUUGCCGCUACUCUGGGUGCUCUUCUUGCCACUUUGUUAUGUUCUUGUGCCGUAUCAGCAGUUUUGUUCUUAAAGUUAAGACCGAUAGCUACCCUUAAAAAGAAGACUGCCGCUGUGACGACGAUAGCUCGACCGCACCCACCGACCGCACAUGUAAUUUCAAAGAGCCGCUUCUACUCGUAA